AUGGAAGAGGCCCUGGCACUCCUGCGGGGCGUCUGCGCGCAGGCCGGGGUCAGAGAGCGUAUCAUCAACGACGCGGGAGUUGCGAAGAUUGAUCCGGACGAGCCGCACGAAGUCAAACCGCGGACCUGGGGCUUCGCGCGCACCCAGCUGCCCGCGGAGGAUGCUUCAGCUCCGCGCGACGACGGCGCUCGGGCCGACGCGGACGCCGCGGGGCCGUCCGGCGCGCCGUCGACCUACAUCGAGGAGCUACGCAAGGACCGCAUGUUCAAUUGCCCGGACAGCACGGAGGCGCUGGCGGAGGAGCUGUGGGUCGACGACGCCCUGCGCGGGCUGGCCGGGAGCGUCGCUGGCGGGGCGGGCUGGCAGGACCCGUCGGCGAUCGACAGGAUGGAGGACUUCCGGAAGGCGCUGCGCGUGAGAAUCAAGGCCACGUGGGCGCAGGAAGCCCUGGCACGGGGCAGGGCCUACAUGACUAUAGAGAGGGACCCCGGACGGGCGCUGACGUGCUUUCAGCGGGCGCUCGAGCUGCUGCCGACAUGCACGGAGGCGUUCGUCGAGACCGCGCGGACGUACAUCGAGAUGGGAUGCCACGAGCGUGCGCUUUCGCCUCUCCAAGUCGCGCUGGAACUCAAGCCCGACAACCCCAUCGCGCUGCGCCUCAUGGAGCGCGUGAAGACCCGGAUGAGGGAGCUCGGGCGCCCGAUCGGUCCAAAAGACCCGGGGGGGUCUCUCAUCACUUUCGCACCCGUCGGGGCCGCAGCAGCUUCACGGGACGCGCCACGCGGCCAGCCAGAUACCGGCGAUGACGCAAGGGUCAACGACGGGGGAGCCAGGACACGCGCGGAGGGGGAGUCCCCGGGGGAGUCCCGCGGUAGAAGCAGGAAGCAUGACAGCAGGUCGCGGUCGCGCGAGAGGUCGCGGCGGCAUCGCCGCGGCCGGAGAUCGCGGCGAUCGAGAUCCCGGUCGCGAUCUCGGUCGCGCUCACGACGGAGACGGCGGGACGACGGAAACGAUCGGCGGCGACACCGGGAGCGGGGGGCGCGGUCCAGGAGCCGCUCGUCGUCUCCGCGGUCGAGCAGGGAGCGGCGCUGA